CAAUUCAUCUAAUUCCAGGCCUUGAUUUCACGCGGAUGGAGAGGCGAGAGGGAGAGAGAGGCCUAUAAAACGGUCAGUCCCUCUCUCGUUAGGAAAUUUUUCACUAUCGGAAAAAUGCCGUUGCUUGUUGACCGACGCCAAGCAGUAAUUAUUUCGAAAUCCCCCUCGCCUUCUCCUUUUCCCCCCCAAUUAGGGUUUCAACCACCACCGCCAACUAUCGACGCCUGCAAUACUGCAAACCCUCUGCAAUUCAGAAAUUCGCAUCAUCGUUAUUUAUAUAGAGUUGGAGACAUCUUUAACUCGUAGAUUUGUUUUCGUAAUUCUGUGGAUUUAAUUGACGCGCUCUUCGUCCUCUGUAUUUAUUAUUUUAUGUGAGAGAAUUUCCGCGAUGAGAAUUCGGCAUUUUUUGAAGAGAUGAAGCCCUCGAAGAAAAAGCCGCGAGUUCGCAAGGGCGGCAACAGAGAAGUGCGCGUCAAUGGAGAAGUCGCAGGAGAUGACCAGAAGGAGGAUCGAAGAGUUAUGGACCAGUUGGUCGAGGCGUUCUCUUCUGCUUCUCUAGAAGAAGCUACUUGGGCUUAUCGAGAGGCCAACGGGGACGCGAAUAAGGCCGCAGAGAUUCUAGGAGGUUUGCUAGAGAACGGAAAUGUUUCCCCCAUGAGUUCUAGUUCUUCCAGUGGUACUGGGAAGCCCGUUUUUGCGAAAGCUUGCAGAGGAAGGAAGCAAAAGAAAGUUGUUGCGUCUGCAGGCACGAUUUCGAGUGUUUUGGGAAAGGAAUAUGUGAUGUCCAGUCCGAGGAGAAAUUCGCACAUUUCUAAAGGGAUUAAUAACAACCCUAUAAGUAAUGAAGAAGCCGAGCAAUUCCUGUACUCGAUGCUUGGAGAUGAUUGCGAGAUGAGCAUGGAUGUGGUGAGAGAUGUUCUAUGUCAAUGCCGAUAUGAUGUUGAAAAGGCCUUGGAUGCAUUGCUCAACUUAUCUACCACCUCCUACAACCAGUUCAAAAGCAGUGGCCAUGGCGAUUACAACAAAAAUGACAUACAAGACAGAAGAGUCUUCAUUGAAUGCAGUGACAGUGACAGUCUUGAUAGUACUGCAGGGAAUUUCCAGUUAACAUAUAGACCAUCAGAUUCAACUCUUCAUUUAUCUGAGGACCUUCAGGGAACUUUAUUGCCUCCCCACUACAAUUGCAGGGACUGUCUUGAUGUCGUUAUUAGUGAUAAAGAAUACCAAUCUAGGCCUGUAACCAAAGAAUCAGAUCUUCAUCAAAAGGUGUUGGAAUCUCUAUUUAACAUUCCCAAAAGUUCUGAGCAUGAACCUAGCAGUAUGAACUGGAAGAAUGCAGUCAAAAAAAUGAAGUCACUUGGACAGGGAUCAGAUCUUCGUCCAAACUUAGCAGAAACUCAACAGAAUGUUGGACAUGGAGAUGAAUAUCAAGUAUUUAGAAAAGCUGCACAGCAGCACUGGAGUACAAUGAAAUCCUGCUAUCAGAAAGCUACAACAGCAUAUUUAAAGGGAGAAAGGACAUACGCAGCUUAUCUUUCAGAACAGGGGGAAAUUCACAAAAGAAGGGCAAGGGAGGCAGACGAAAAAGCCAGUCAGGAUAUAUUUGUAGCUAGAAACAAGAGAAUAGAAAAUGUGAUAACAAUCGACUUACAUGGGCAACAUGUCAAACAAGCAAUCAGGAUCUUGAAAGUUCAUCUUAUAUAUACAACAUACAUGUCUUCUAUUCAGUCUCUUAGGGUUAUAACUGGAUGUGGGACCCACGGGGUUGGGACGGGGAAACUGAAAAAAUCGGUCAUUAGCCUUUUGGAGAAAGAAGGUAUUGGAUGGAGUGAAGAGAACCAAGGAACAGUGUUGAUCAAGAUAGAUGGUCGGAAAGAGUUCAACUUUAUGGAGUCCGAAACUGACUCUGAAUCGAUGUGAUUUGUUCAGGUGGUUUGCAAUGUACUAACAAAUAGGUUUGUACAAGAUGGUUUGCUACCUUCCGUCCGACAUGUAGAAACCCAUCUAGCCGUUGAGCUUUCUGCUUUCAAUUCAUCCUGUAAAAUCCCAACUCCCUUCAACAUAUACCUGUUCUAACCUGUUCAAACUCCAGUUGCAGGACCUCAAGGAGAGCACCUACAUUUGUGAGUUGUGUGCUCAGUUCCAUGUUAAUAAUAUUUUUUUUCGGUUGGUAUAAGACUUCCAUGUUAAAUAACAUGAAAGCAUGUAUUGCGUACCAGAAGUGUAAUUAAUUACUUAGUCUAAUCUGUUCUCUGUAUGUAGAAUGGUCGUGGAAAUCAUCAUUGGACAUUUAUUUUUGGUAGGCUUAUAACCAGAUAUCCCGGUGGAAAUCAUCAUUGGACA